UGAACUAGAAUUUUUAGCUCCUAGAUGAAUAUAAUAACAAUAAAUACCGUGUUUUGUGGUUAAAAACAUUUACUGCUGAAUAUUUGCAUCAAAGUCCUUCCUGACAAACGAACAGUUCAUGUAAAUCUGGAAUAUAUGAGCUUAUAAUCAUACUCGAUAUUGGGUUCGUCAUGACAAGUUGCUGGUGUAAACAAUCAUGGCGGACACAGGAGCUAUUUUCUUGGCAAAAAACUUACUUGAAGAAAAAGUGCUGUUAAGAAGACCUCCAUCAGGAUCAAGAGCAGGCAAAGCAUGCACUUCUGCAUAUGCCAGAGAGCUUUCUUCCACAACAAAAUCCUCAAAACUCUUCCAGACAAACCAUUCUCUUCCACCAAGACCAGCCACUAAAGAUGGCAAACAAACAAGUGAUAUUAAGAAUAUGUACACUGGGAUGAAGAAAAGGAUACAAAGUGCUCAUCCAAAACUGGAAAGUUCCCAAGGUCAUUCUGCAUAUUAUGAUACAGGACAAGAUAGUAUAGAUGAUAGAUUGAAACCUAAUGUGUACAGCCUAUCAGAGCACAAGAAAGUAUUUGGGAGUAAUUCAGAUCUUAUAACUGAGGCAAAAGGAGAGAGAUGUCCAUAUAAACUAGAGACAUCACCUAGAGAAUUCCUGCCAGGUGUUCUCCACAAGCCAUGUGCAAGGCAACUUCCAUCUAGUUUAAAGCCAUUGGCACCAUGGCUCACACCAGAGAUCCCACCUCGUCUUAUAGGUAUGAGUCCAAGGGAUGGUUUGAUUUUCUUACCAGGAUUUCCUAAUGACUAUGAGGACCUCCCUACAGUUCCACCUGUACAGAAUCCAGAGGAUGAUUUGCCAUAUAAAAGCAAAGUUAAAGAACCAGAACCGUGGGCACCAAAGAGGUACAGAUAUUAUAGGAAUCCCACCCCGGUGCUUGAGGACUGGAUGUGCAAACAUGCUGGACAAAGACAAGUCAAAGUGUUUGCAAAGGAUGGAACACUGUUACAUGAGCGUUUUGAAGGGAAAAGGACAGCUGAUGUGGUUAGAAAAGAAAUACAGGAAUUGGAGGACCUUAUGAGGGGCAUUGGGACAGAGGGAGGUACCAGUAUUGUAGUGCAAUAUCAGGCUGAGAUCACCAAGUUAAAAGAAAUGGUGGAUGAUACAUUAGCAAGGGUUAUUCACAGAGAUACAGAAACAGAACCUGAACCAACAGACUAUUGUGGUUUAAGAAAGUUUUACAAACACCAUGAUGCUGUAAUGGAUCAAAUCAAAAAACAACAUGAGCUGUGUGUGCAAGAGCUGGCAGAACUAGAGUCGGACAUGGAGAUGGAAGAUGAGAAAAGAUAUUUUUCUAAAUCUGUCAUGAGUUAAAAGUGAAUACAGACACAUAGUGAUGACUUUUAUGUAAAAUAUUUAGUUCUUGACAGUUCUUCAAAAUAUAUUGCACCUCUAUGUGCAAAAAUAACACUUUAUAUUAAAAUAUAAAGAAGAACAAUUUCUUUUAAAACAUUAAAUUAUGAUAUUUAUAUAAAUUGUAAAGCAAUAUUUUUCUCUUUCAACAAACAAUUAAGGAGGACUUUCAUUUAAUAUCAUUUGACUGUUACCAUUUACUGUCUCACUGGCACUGACACUCCAUUAUAUCAUUCCUUCAUUUUCAUUUUAAUUUAAAAAAACAAAUUGGUUAAAUUGUUCAUAAUAUAUGCACCUUGAUUGUCUUGUAACAUAUACAGCUGACAGGUAAAAGAAAAACAAGACUAAUAAAAUAAUCAUAUUCAUUAACUUGUUUCA